AUGGAAAAAUUCGAGAGUCUAGGGGCUGAAAAGACCCCCAUAAGUCCGCAAGUACAAACGUCAGUGAGCCCGAAUGCAAAUAUCAGGACCAUGCCCAUUAUUGUCCCGGCUAAUUUCUCAUCACCGGUUUUUCUGUUUAGCAGCGUAGAUUCUUGUGCAAUAUAUCAACAGAAAGAUUACAAAAAGUGUGUUUUGAACUCGGAAGGUAUUGGUAUUCCUUUGUUUGAAACUCGUUUUCGAAAUUUCAAUAAGGGAUUUGUAUCGGUAGACAAAUAUGUUCUAUUGAAUGUCAAGGAUCCUCCACCGAAAGCACCAUACAGGAUCAAGAAACAGGAUGGAAACUUGAUUCUCUACAAAGUUGAAUACUGCAAAGCUUACCUGUGUGAUCAUAAAAAUUAUUCUGCAUGGGAAGUUGCUUUUUCAGCGCCACUUAGUCACGUCGGUAAAUACGACUUUAUACAGGACAUGGGAACAAGGCCGGAAUUUUUUGGUACAGCUGACGGAUUUGAUUUAUCUUGGAAAGCGUUUGGCAGUAUAGCUUGGGGGGGACGUGAGCUUUUUGCCAAUUACGAUGAUAUUCAUCGACUAAUUACUUACGAUUCUUUGCCAGAUUCAGAACCAAGGGAUGAUAAUUGCAAGGGCAAACCGUUGUCCCCUCAGGGAAUAUACUCAAGAAAUUGGAAAAGUUCAAAGUUGAAGGAUAGUUGCAGUAUGCUUUCCUUCUUGGAACCGGGAGAUGCUUCUGGUUUGGGCAUUCGUUCCGUACCACCGGUAACGGAGUUUUUAUCAAUACAUGGAAUACUACUUCACUUCCAUAUUGUAAGCCUAAUACAGGAGGAGGAAAGAAGGGCAAGAGCUGCAAGAAAUGCGGCAGGAAGUGGGUCAGCUGCAGGAGCCUGGACUGCUUCCUUUGGUGGAGGUUUCUGA